AUGGAUCCCGCGCCGGCGACCCCGCGCUGGAAUCUGGAGCGACCGUACCUCACUGGACGCUUCCACCAGGUAUGCCCCUAUCGCAUACUGCCAGCAUUACCACCUCAACACCCCUCUCAAGAACCUCGCACGCUCUGGCAGGAGGCGAAGGCAGCUGCGGCGGCGCAGGGACCCGGAUCCAAGUCGUUCUCCCUCGACUCCUUCAGCCGCGGCGCCGGCGCCGGCACCGGAAGUGUCAUCGGAUCGUUCGCAGUAUCGGUGCAGGAGCUUUUGGUUAUCGAUGAUUUGCUAUCAGCUCUGGUGGGUAUUGAGGGACGAUAUAUUUCCAUUAAGAGAGUUCGUGGAAAGGAGGGCUAUGUUGUCUUUCAGAUUGAUUCUUCGAUGGACCUCGCCCUCCAGGAAUUGACUCGCCGGAUUUUCCCUUUGUGUGAGGAUUAUGUGUUGGUCAGCCAGUUUGUGGAGUCCAGGUCACAUUUCAAGAAUGGUUUGGUCAACCAUGCUCUGGCUGCAGCUCUAAGAGCAUUCCUACUGGACUAUCAGGCAAUGGUUGCUCAACUGGAGCACCAGUUCCGUCUUGGAAGGCUUUCUGUUCAGGGAUUAUGGUUCUUUUGUCAGAGGAUGAUGAGUUCACUGAAUGCAUUGGCAGUUCUAGUGGAGAAGGCUACCUCCAACAAUACUAAUGGUUCUGCGACACUUAAUCUACUUCAAAGCCAGGCAAAGGCGAUGGGUGGUGAUAGUGCUGUUCGGUCUUUACUGGAGAAGAUGACAGAAUAUGCAAGCGGAGCAUACCUCAGGAUGCUAGAAAGGUGGGUGUAUGAGGGAGUUAUAGACGAUCCUUAUGGUGAAUUCUUCAUUGCUGAAAACAAAUCUCUGCAGAAGGAGAGCCUCACUCAAGAUUAUGAUGCCAAAUAUUGGCAGCAACGAUACAGCCUAAAAGAAGGAAUUCCUAGUUUCCUUACGAAUGUUGCCGCAAUGAUUCUUACAACAGGAAAGUAUCUUAAUGUUAUGAGAGAAUGUGGGCACAAUGUUCAGGUUUCCUUGUCAGACAAUUCUAAGCUUAUGAGCUUUGGCUCAAACCACCAAUAUCUUGAAUGUAUAAAAUCUGCAUAUGAUUUUGCAAGUGGUGAAUUGUUGACUCUGAUGAAAGAUAAGUAUGAUCUCAUCGGGAAACUGCGAUCCCUGAAGCGCUAUCUACUCCUUGACCAAGGUGACUUUUUGGUUCAUUUUAUGGAUAUUGCUCGAGAGGAGCUUACAAAGAAACCAGAAGAAAUAUCUGCUGAAAAACUUCAGUCUCUGCUUGACAUUGCUUUGCGGAGUACUGCAGCUGCUUCAGAUCCAAGCCAUGAGGAAUUAAUCUGCUGCGUGGAAAGAAGUUCCCUCCUUAAGAAACUGGCCACUCUGAAAGACUUGGAUUGUGCUUACCCUGCAGAUAAGCUUGCUGCAGCCGAUGUUGAUCAGUCAAUGCAAUUAAGCAUCACGGGUUUGGAAACAUUCUGCCUUAGCAAUAAGGUCCAGUGGCCGUUAUCUCUUGUAAUUUCAAGGAAGGCUUUGACAAAAUACCAAUUGAUCUUUCGCCUAUUGUUCCACUGCAAGCAUGUUAGUCGCCAGCUGUGUGCAGCAUGGCAAAUACAACAAGUAUUCCGGUCUGUCAAGAUUCUAGGGACACCAAUUUUACGGUCAUCAAUUCUUUGUCGUAGCAUGCUCAAGUUUGUAAAUAGCCUUUUGCAUUAUCUAACAUUUGAGGUUCUUGAACCAAAUUGGCAUUUGAUGCAUGACCGCCUUCAAACAGCAAGGAGCAUAGAUGAGGUUAUCCAGAUCCAUGAUUUCUUCCUCCAGAAGUGUCUAAAAGAAUGCUUGCUGUUGUCGCCUGAACUCCUUGUGAAAGUUGAGAAGCUGAAAGGUUUAUGCCUUCAGUAUGCUACUUCCAUCCAGCUCUUGAUGCCAUCCAUCGAUGUCACUAACUCCGAGAACACAUCAAAGUCUGUGAAGUCAAGAUCAAGGAUAAAUAAAUCACAGGACAGAGACCAGCAGCUGAAACUAGCAUCAGAGAAUGUUGUCAUGUCAGAGUCGAUCCUGAAAUUUGAAGCAGCGUUCAAUUCAGAGCUCCAGAGUCUUGCUCCUACAUUGAGUAACAGUUCACAUGCGGAGCCGUAUCUGACUCAUCUCGCACAGUGCAUUCUUGGUGUGCGAAUCGACCAAUGA